AUGCAUUCUAACAACUGGGGGAAUCCGGGGACAGGUCCAAAUCGUGGUCGACCACCACCACCAAGACCAAAUAUUCCGCAACCACAUCAGAACGUUCCAUAUGCGUAUGCCCAAAAUCGUGGCCCAGUAGCAGUUAAUAGAUUGUACCAAUCGAGUAUCCGUCAACCUGCGGUUUCUUUAGUAGCUCGAGGUCCUGCUUUGCAACGCUGGGAACAUCAGGACCCUUCAGUAGAGCCGGCCAAUGCGCAGCUGAUAGGGUAUGCCCAACGAGGGCCCUCGCAAACAGAUCCCACUCAGCUAUCCGAUACGCAUAGCAACUACGAUCCUAAUAUCGGACUUCCCUUUGAUAUCACAGCAGUAUCACCUGUGCAAAAUACCGGUACCUAUUCAUCAAACCAACCCUCGCAGCCUUUUUCGACGUGGUCGAUGAGUGAAUUCUCACCCGCGCCCACGGGGGGCCAGGCCCAGCCUGACAUGGUAAAUGCACCAAAUACGGUAGUCAUCCCAAGGCUGGUCACAAACAACGACGACUCUAGGAGGAAACGAUCUAGAGCCCCAUCAAUCGCUUUGAGGGAUAUUCACCCUGAUCAUGAGUACUACACUCUCUUCAAUUACCCAGAGUACAGACCACCUACAUCUGUUAAAGGAACCGCUAUGGGAACAAGGUCAUUAGACCACCAUUCGGACCUCGAGUUGAACGGCUCCUUUGCUUCCUACUUAUUCCAAAGUGAUCCUAUUGAGUACUGGAUUCUGCGAGAUGUUGCAGAAAAGGUUCCUACCAAGAUAAGAGAAAAAGAGAUGGCGUAUUACAAGCAACUAGGUAUCGAAGUCCCAGACGACGGCACCACCGAACCCGAUUCCAAGAGAAAAAAGAUCGACGCCGUAGGCGAUGCUUCAAAUUCCAAUGAUGAGGACUAUAAAGAUUCUCCGAAGCCAAAGGAGAAGCGUCAAAAAACGGAAAAGCCUUCGAUUCCAAAGGGGCGCCGGAAUUGGAACGACAGGUUUAACAAAAAGUUCCCCAACAACCCUCUUCCAUCCUCAAAGCCCAACUGGAGGCCCACAGUUCACGUAUUGCUUCAUGCGGGAAAAUCUAACCAAGGCCCCCAAGACUUCAACUCUCGCAUCCUCAAUGCGCUAAAGAGAUGUGACGACGACCCACAAUUCCUCAGCCUCUUGAUCCAAAAGGUAGAGUCCUGUCGAGAUUCUCAACAUCACUUGGCGUACGAAUCCGAGUCUACCGAGCAUUCGGAUGUAUUCCAAACAGGCUCCUUCGAUUCUCACUCCCAACGUGGAGCUAUGAGCGAGGGUAUGCCAACUGAUACUUCUGCCCACCCUCGCCGUGUCUCUCGCAACCCUAGUGUCCGAAGUAGCCAGAGCUAUAGACAAAGUCACUCAAGGAAUCCAUCAGGCGCCAAUUCUGCCUCCCAGAGAAUUACCGACUUCAUGCCAGCUCAGCUUCAACCGAACCUCCAGGCCUUUAGCUUUCCCAGCAGCCCUGCUAGGGCCUCUGCCUCUGGGAAUGGCCACUACCUUCCUCCAAGCCAAGCACAAAAUGGUGGUUUACAUGGUGGCGACAGCCGUUCCGAUGAUAUUGCAAGCUUUCUUAGUAGUCAAGAUCAUGAAGCUUCCUACUCUCACCCAGGAACGACGGUUCCGGAGACGCCGAACCUGAUGCCUCCUCAUAUUUUUAGGGGAGGUGUUGAUGACGGGGUUUCCGUGUCUUUUCCUUACGCGGGUAGUAUAGACGCAGAGGAUAUUAAGCCCUCUCAAUGA